UGAUCAUGGGACCCCUCCAGCUUAUGAACAUGCCCGACCAGCAUUGCUGAAGGGCUUCUCCGUGGGUAUGAGGUGCUCCACGGGCGCGGUUAUAGAGGGCGCCAACUUGCCUUGGUCUUCCAUCUCGCAUCCCCUCCACCUCACAUCCUCAUCACCCUGCCUCACCCACUGAACAGCACUUGAACCGCUGAUUAAAGAGCCACUCCGCCAACCAUGUCAGAAACUCCCUUCAAGAUCGCCGUUCCCGACGACCGCCUCGCGCUCCUCCAGAAGAAGCUCGAGCUCACCAUCUUCCCCGACGAGCUCGAAGACUCGGGCCGCGACUACGGCUCCCCGCUCUCCGACGUCAAGCGGCUGGCUGCGCGGUGGCUCGACGGACUUGCGACCAACGGGCGCGACGGCUUCGACUGGCGCGCCCAAGAAGCCGCGCUCAACGCUGACCUCCCGCAGUUCACGCGCGACAUCGCCGUCGACGGCCACGGGACGCUCAACAUCCACUACGUGCAUCUGAAGAGCGCGCAGCCGGGCGCAAUUCCGCUCUGUUUUGUGCAUGGGUGGCCGGGCAGCUUCAUCGAGGUGCGGAAGCUGGGCCCGCUGCUCACGCAGGGUGUCAAGGGGCAGCCGAGCUUCCAUGUCGUGGCGAUGAGUCUUCCUGGCUACGGCUUCUCCGAGCAGCCGCGCAAGAGGGGCUUUGGGAUUCCGCAGUACGCUGAGGUCGCCCAUAAGCUCAUGCUAGCAUUGGGCUAUGAUAAGUAUGUCGCGCAAGGCGGAGACUGGGGCUCGCGGAUCACGCACGAAAUGUCGAAAGCCUACGGCGAGAAGCACGUCAAGGCCUGGCAUACGAACAUGCCUCACGUCUUCAACAACGAGAUUCAGGCCGAGCUCUACUCGCAACUCUCCCCCGAAGACAAGGAGCUCAUCAAGAAGGCCGACCAUUGGCGCGCGACGGAGGCGGGGUAUAAUCUAUUGCAGAGUACUAAGCCUCAGACCCUCGGCUACGGCAUGAGCGACUCGCCCGUCGGCCUGCUCGCCUGGAUCUACGAGAAGCUGGUGUCGUGGACGGAUAACUAUCCUUGGACGGACGAUGAAGUCCUCACCUGGGUCUCCAUCUACUGGUUCUCGCGCGCCGGGCCCACCGCGUCCUUCCGCAUCUACUACGAGAAGACGCACGCGCCGCCGGUCUCCAAUGAACGCAGCCCCAUCCCUCUGGGUUUCUCCAUCUUCCCGGGAGAGAUCGUGUUGGCGCCGAAACCCCUGCGCGACCUCCUCGGCAACGUCGUCUUCGAGGGCAUUCACGACCGCGGCGGGCACUUCGCGGCGUACGAGGUGCCUGAGCUGCUCGCGGGGGACUUGCGCAAGAUGCUUGGGAAGGGUGGGCCGGCGUAUGGGGUUAUUUGAGUCGGUCGGGCGUACGCAAAGGCGAAAGAUGACUUUCUGUGAGGCGAGAGAGGAGGAGAGGCGAAGCACCUGUUGUACCACUAUGAUAGAUUUGACGAAUCAUGAACGAACGUUACCAGAA